GUCAACUUCCGGUCUGUUGUUAGGGGAGGUAACUUUUGAAAAAAAGUAAACAAAGCAAAAGUAUCGACAAAUCAACAUGAAAUUGAAUUUUUACACAAAAUACGCGAACUAAUUAAACAAGGUAUCAGAAAAUUGUAACAAGAUGUCGUCUAGAACUUCACACACUAUGAACGUGCAGCUGACCAGUAAGAAUGUACUGACAUUAGACGAGCUGGAAUUGUAUGAACUGUGUCAGCUUGCUGGUGUUUUGAUGGAGCCGGCAACAUUCAAGAUAAUUUUAGACUUACUGAAGAUGAACGUAUCUCCACAAGCUGUUUUACAGAUGUUGAAGACCAUGUGUGCUGGCAGAAAGAAGCACCAGGCACAAAGUCGGGAUCACGCAAGCCAUCACGAGACUGAAAACAUGCCUCCACCCCGUCAGCAUGCUGCCCCAAAAAUCAGACGACCUUCCGGCAGCACUGGAAGCUCUUCAAGAAGAACAGACACUAAAAGAUAGCGAUAGCAUAUUUCUUUGCAUGACUUCAACCAUAUUAAUGAUAUUUUAGUACAUUGUCUUAAACAGUCAAUAUUACAGAAUUAGAAGAGUGGGACUAUUUUUUUUAAGAAUCUCAAAUUGGUGAUUUGUAAUGUUUAUUUAUAAACAUUUAUAACAGAAUCAUGCUAUUUAUAGAUUUCCUUUUAUUUUCUUGCCAUUUUGUUUUAGAAAAAGUUUUUUUAAGAUGAGAUUUUGACAGAUUUUUACAUAAUUAUUUGACAAAAUACAUAUAAAAGGGAUUCUUAAAGUCAAAAAAUGAUUAUGGUAUUUGUCGAUGUUACAACAAGGUAUGACUGUGAUAUAUUUGAAUUUUAAAGCUAGCAUUUUUACUUACCGGUAUCAUUAUGCAAGUUUUACAGAAACAUACAAAAGAAUGUUCCAUUGAGAAAAGUAACUUUAUUGAAAACAGAGAUUCAGAUAAAUAGUUCACUUAGAUAUUCCAGUGAAUAUUUUUCACAAACAGUAAGUAUGAUGUGUCAAAGGCAAGUGUUAGGUCAGUACCUCACAUGCCAGGGUACUAACCCUGUCCCUGUGUCAGGUGUGCCAUCUUUAGGAUGUGUCUCCCAAACACAUUUCUUGUUUAUCAUAAAGAUAUUACUAAAAUGUAGUGCUCGCUUUCAUAUUUGCUAAAUUAUAUGUAGAAUAUCAGGGACCUGUGUGUAAACUUACUGAUACAGAUUUUAUUUUUGGAGAGUUGCCAGAUGACCUGAAUAAUGUCGGUUUCAUGUAGGAUGCACUAAAACAAAUAUAUUAAGCCGCACCAUGAAAAAACCAACAGUGCAUUUGUGACCAGCAUGUAUCCAAACCAGCCUGAGCAUCCGUACAGUCUGGUCAGAAUCCAUGCUCUUCGCUUUCAAAGCCUAUUGCAAUUAAAGAAACUGUUAGUGAACAGUAUGGAUCCUGACCGAACUGUGCGGAUGUUGGUUGCAAAUGCACUAUGUUGGUUUCUCAUGGUGCAGCCCAUUAAUACAUUUGACUUUCCUCCUUUUUUUGUAAAUAUUUUUUUCUUUUUGUAUUUUCCUUGAGAGAAAAAAAAAAAACACAAAUUUUUAGGUGUUUUAACAUCUCAUGACAUUUUUAUUUUGUGUAUCUUUUAUCAAUUAGAUCAUGCUAAAUGUGACAUUGUUAAUGAUACUACGUUUUAUAUGAAGGAUUUUAUGUCUUAAUCAUGUUUUACUAUUAUUUUUUUAUGCAAAGAUUAUGUUAUUUCAGUGCAUUUUAGUUUUGAAGACAACUUGUCAUCUAUAUAUCUAUAUAAGAUCUUAUUACAUGAUUUUUGUUGAAUUAUCAAAAUGUAAACAGUAUAAUAGAUAUAAUUGCAGUGAAAAAUAUCAAAUAUUUUUCCCUGUAAUACAAAACUAUAAAAUGAGAGUAAUGUACAGUUUGAAGUAAUGGAACUAUUGAAAAAACAUGAAAUGAAAUGAAAAAGGGUUUCUUUAAAUGUGUAAGAUCAGAAUAUCUUUCACUCGGGAACAUCAGAUCUAACAUUUUCACUGGUUGCUUGUAUCUGAUGGUCACAAAGUGGAAGAUAAUCGUGAUCUUAAACUGAAACAAACAAGUAUUCUGUAUAUAUUUUUCUAUGUGGUGGACAUUUCAUACUUGUAUCAGUAUAUGUCUUUGAAGAAUUUUACUUUACAGAUUAAUGAUUAACAUUCUAUGGAGUCAACAUUGAAAAUGUUAAAAUUUCAUUAAAAAAUUUACAUGUAUGACAUGUGCAAAAACAUUUGUAAAACAUACAGUAUAUAGCAUAUGAGCCGUACGAUGAGAAAACCAACAUAGUGCGUUUGCAACCAGCAUGGAUCCAGACCAGCAUGUGCAUCUGCAAAGUCUGGUUAGGAUCCAUGCUGUUCACUUUCAAAGCCUAUAGCAAUUAGAGAAACUGUUAGCGAACAACGUGGAUCCUGACCAGACUGCGCGAAUGCGCAGAAUGGUCUGGAUCCAUGCUGGUCGCAAAGCAACUACAUUGUAUGUUGGUUUUCUCAUUGCGCGGCUCAUAUACAUUUAUGUGGUGCUACUGACUUGACUGGUUUACUUUUGUAUAAUUUUAAGGUAGCAGACCUGUAUUGACAAUCAGCAUUUUCUGUUUGAUGGCAUUUAUUCUCUGUAUAAGAUUUCGGCAUUUUCUGGUUUGUCUUAAACAUUUUCUUUUAUAGCCUAAGGAUGCCGAAAUAGCAUAUCAUAUGGAGAUUAUUCAUCAACAUUACAAGUCCACUGUCUUAAAGCUACUUGGCCACAGUUUGUGUGAAAUUUUUUCAACAUGUUCAUUUCCAGCAAGUUUGGCAUAGAAUGUAUAUAUGUGACACUGAAAAAUGAUGAAGUGGGUGAAAAUAAAAGUUAGAUAUUUGUAAAAAUGCAAGAAUGGUUUACUGUCUUCUGCACACUAUUUUUAGUUAUUUAUCAGAAUAUCUUGCAAAAAUCUUUUGUCAGUAAGUUUGUAUCACUAGUCACUUUCAGAGUACUCACCUUUUAUGGAUUUUUGAGAGAAAUUAUUUUUUGCCUAACAUGUAUAAGUUAGCCCCUUUAAGAGACAGUUAUACAAGGAUUUCUUGCACUUGUUAUACCAAAAAUUUGGAAAUCUUAACAGCUGUUCUUUAAACAGAUUUCCAUCAAAAUGUGACUAAAAGACUUCCUGCAGUACACAUUGUAUAAAAUUAGAAAAACAUCUAUCGUGAUAAUUAUGUUAGUAACUUGCAUUCUUUUUAGUUAUUAUCAAUAAUAUGAAAAAAAUUACAUUGCUCUUCUUGUCAGAUAAUGAUUUAUGUUACAAAAAAUGUGCAUGUAUCUAAUGAUUUAUCAUUACAGUUUCCCCAUGCUUCGAGUCUGAGGGGUUUAGCAAAAGUUUAUUUCUUAAAUUGCCUGCCCCUUCGAAACUCGGUCGGACAUUUAGAAUAGCAGACAAGCUGGGUUGUAAAAGGUCAGGAGUUCUACCUAGGUGCCACAUUCCUGCAUAAAAUAAUGAUCAGAGGGGCACCAGCGGACUGCAUGAAAGUCACUGUAAGACCUGUAUUAUGUUGCUGAAAUUUAAGCAGAGACAAAUAUUGUGUGAAGUCUUGAAAGUUUUGCAAACAAAUCAAAGACAUUAUCUUUAUCAUGAAUACAGAAGAAGUAUACAUUAGCAAAAUCAUUGAGUCAUAUUUCAUUUAUUUCAUAUUACAAAUGUUAGUUUUAGCACAACUUGUUCACAUAUUUUGGUAAAACACAUGCCAAAUAAUUACCGAGUCAUAUUUCAUUUAUUUACACAUUACAAAUGUAAAAGUUUUAGAACAAAUUGUUCUCUAUAUUUUGGAAAAAUAAAAAUUGUUAGAAACUG